AGUUAAAAACUUUUUUUUUAUUUUAAAAUUUUUUUAAUAAAUAUGUCUGCAAAAUUAUCAAAUUUAGUACUUAAAGAGUACACCAAAAUCCUUAAAACUGGAGAAUUUUCUGAUUUAGAAAUAUUAGUUGGAGAAAAACAAAACACAAAAACUUUUCAUUUGCAUUCUCUUAUAUUAAAAGUUUGUUCACCUUAUUUUCGAAGUGCGUUUUCUGAUAAUUGGAUAAUAAUUGAAAAUAAUAUUAUUAAAUAUCAAAAACCAAACAUUUCAGUUAAAGUAUUCGAAAUUCUUAUCAACUAUAUAUAUAGCGGCAAACUUGAACUUGCAAAGCAUGAUAUUAAGACAAUCAUUGAACUUUUAAUUGCAGCUGAUGAAUUAUGUCUUAAUGAAUUAUGCUCAUAUAUUGAAAAAUAUCUUCUUAAUGAUAAAGAGUCAUUAAAGUCAAACUUUAUUCUUAUUUUAAACACUAUAGAAAAAUAUGACCAAUUUACAAUAUUAUCCCAAUUUUGUAAAAUAUCAUGUCGGAAGGAUCCUUCAAUAGUUUUUAGAGCAGAUGAUUUCGUUACAAUUGGACAAGAAUGCUUUCUUGAAUUUUUGACUAAAUAUAGUGAUUCUUUAAAACAAAUUGAUGUCUGGAAUAAGCUUAUUGAAUGGGCUAUUGCAAAAUCUAAUAAUGAAUUACCAUCAGAUGCCACAAUGUGGACUAUUGAUAAUAUUACUACUUUUGGUACCUUAAUUCAACCAUUUAUCUCUCAUAUUAAUUUUCAAAAAGUAAGUAGUAUAGAUUUUAUUACGAAAAUCAAACCAUUUAAAAGCAUUUUCGAUGAUACGUUUUAUAACAAAAUUGUUGAAGAUCAUUGUUUAAAUGCAGAUUUGACAAGUCCACAAAUAGUGAAAUAUUUAGAUUCUCAAAUAAUCAACUUAAGAGAUGCUUCACUUAUCUGUAAUUGGAUAAAGGCUAUGAAAAAACAAAAGUGGGAAGUUAAUUAUGAUUUUGAUUUACUUGUACGUGGAAGUAGAGAUGGAUUUGAUAAAAAUAUAUUUCAUAAGUACUGUGAUAAGAAGAAACCUACAGUUACUAUUGCUCGUGUUAAAAAUUCUAAUGAGAUUCUUGGAGGAUUUAAUCCAUGUAAUUGGAAAUCUGUGGCUGGUUUUGGUGAAUUUAUUAGUACAGAAGAAAGUUUUAUUUUUUCAUUAGAUAAAGUUAAUCUAGAAAAUUCUAUUUUUAGUAAAGUUAUUGAUACAGAACAUGCGAUCCUUACCAGUAGGAAACGUGGUCCAUUUUUCGGUCAUGGAAAUUCAGAUUUUGAAUUACUUUAUAGAGAUAAACUAGGGCAAUGUUCUAAAAAUGGUUAUGAAAAAGCAAUUAGGCAAAGUAAUGAAUAUUUUGAAGUAGAUGAUUAUGAAGUAUUCAAAGUUAUUUAUAGGUAGUUAGUUGUUCUUUUGUAAAUUCUGGUGUCUAGUUUAUUAUUUUAUUAUUAUAUUCCCGUUUUUAGUUAAAACAAAAAUUAUUCAUGAAUAAUUUUAUAAUACAAGUGAAAUUU